AUGGAUAAAAAUGAUUCUAAAAAAAAUGAAGGAUUUUUAGGUUUUUUAUCUUUUAAUAAAAAAAUAGAUGAUACUUGUAAAGAAAAUGAUGUUAAUUUAGAUGCCGCCUCAAAACAAAUUGAUAUUUAUAGAGAUACUCCAAUAAGAUUUUUGGGUUAUUCUAAUGAAGUUGGAGAAGCAUUUAGAGCACUAGUACCUGUAACAAUAGUAAGACUUUCUUAUCUUGUAGCAUUUGGUUAUGUUGCUGCUGAUACAAUGGAUAAAGGAUCAAAAAUAUCAAACAAAAAUUUUAAUAGUAUUGAUGAGAAAAGAAAAGCUGUAGUGGUAACAAUGGGUGAUACUGUUUUAUGGCAAACAUUAGCAUCUGUAGCAAUACCAGGAUUUACAAUAAACAGAGUUUGCAAAAUGAGCAAUUUUAUUUUAAAAAAAGGUUUCAAAUUAACUCCAAUUUUAGCUAAACCUAUAACGACAGCAAUUGGAUUAGCUACAAUACCAUUUAUUGUCAAACCAAUAGAUGCUUUUGUUGAAUUGGCAAUGGAUAAAACAAUUAGAAAAUAUUAUUCUUAUAAAAAAGUUCAUGAAUAA